AUGGGUGCCAACUUGAGCGAAUGUAUUACGUGGCCCCCAAGAUUGAUCAAAUGGACGGUGGCCGUCCUACUUAUCAUAGCCGUCAUAACACCCACCUCAGACUCUACAACUCCUCGUAGAAGACUUCGGAAACCAAGCAAAGUGUCCACGUCAGUUUCAUCCAGCGUAUCGAGGUCUACGGAUCAGAUGAUAUCUGCGAGCGUGAACAGGCCCAAGAUACGUGGACGUCCGAUACUCGCAAGUAGAAAGUCGACCGCUGCGUUGGACAACUCUGUGGCAACCGACGACCACAAGAAUAAAGAUGGCUAUAAGAUCGUCUGCUACUACACGAACUGGUCGCAGUACAGAACGAAGGUCGGGAAAUUCACCCCCGAGGACAUUCAGCCCGAUCUCUGCACGCACAUCAUCUUCGCUUUCGGCUGGCUGAAGAAAGGGAAGCUCAGCUCCUUCGAAUCCAACGAUGAGACAAAGGACGGAAAGACCGGGCUCUACGACAGAAUUAACGCUCUUAAAAAGGCUAACCCCAAGCUGAAGACUUUGCUGGCUAUCGGAGGGUGGUCCUUCGGAACACAGAAGUUCAAGGAAAUGUCGGCGACUAGGUACGCGCGUCAAACCUUCAUCUACUCGGCAAUCCCCUACCUCCGCGACAGGAACUUCGAUGGGCUGGACGUGGACUGGGAGUACCCCAAAGGUGGAGACGACAAAAAGAACUACGUGCUACUCCUGAAAGAGCUCCGCGAAGCAUUCGAGGCUGAAGCUCAAGAAGUGAAGAAGCCACGACUUUUGCUUACUGCGGCUGUUCCAGUUGGUCCUGACAACAUUAAGAGUGGUUACGACGUACCCGCUGUGGCGAGCUACUUGGACUUCAUCAACGUUAUGGCAUACGACUUCCACGGAAAAUGGGAGAGGGAAACGGGACACAAUGCUCCAUUGUACGCCCCAUCUUCUGACUCCGAAUGGCGAAAGCAACUGUCCGUAGACCACGCUGCACACCUCUGGGUCAAGCUGGGUGCUCCAAAAGAAAAGCUUAUCAUUGGUAUGCCAACUUACGGACGGACCUUCACUCUCUCGAACACAAACAACUUCAAAGUAAAUUCUCCAGCGAGUGGGGGCGGCAAGGCAGGCGAGUACACAAAGGAGAGCGGCUUCCUUGCCUAUUACGAGGUAUGCGAGAUGCUGCGAAAUGGUGGUGCCUACGUUUGGGAUGACGAAAUGAAAGUACCUUACGCCAUUCAAGGUGAUCAGUGGGUCGGCUUCGAUGAUGAGAAAUCAAUCAGAAACAAGAUGAGGUGGAUUAAGGACAACGGUUUUGGAGGUGCCAUGGUAUGGACAGUAGACAUGGAUGACUUCAGUGGUGGCGUUUGUGGCGGGGACGUGAAAUACCCACUAAUAGGUGCCAUGCGUGAGGAACUCCGUGGAAUUUCCCGUGGAAAGGACGCGAAGGACGUCGACUGGGCGUCCGUUGCCGAGAGCGUAGUAAUUGAAGAAACCGAGAAGCCUGAACCAAUUAAGAUAAGCCUGUCCGACGUGCUCAGCCGAGUAAAGAAACCGACCAAGACGAUCAUAGUCAAAAAUGCCAAUUCCGCUGUAGCUGAUAAGAAUAAACGUGAACCCCAAGUUCUUUGCUACUUGACGUCCUGGUCGUCCAAGAGGCCUAGUGGUGGGCGCUUCAUGCCGGAAAACGUGGACCCAACUCUCUGCACCCACGUCAUCUACGCGUUCGCGACACUUAAAGAUCACAAACUCGCCGAGUCCGAUGAAAAAGACGCAGACAUGUACGAUAAGGUCGUGGCUUUAAGGGAAAAGAAUCCUAACUUGAAGAUCCUCCUGGCAAUUGGUGGUUGGGCGUUUGGUUCAACUCCAUUUAAAGAACUCACUUCGAAUGUAUUCCGUAUGAAUCAAUUCGUUUAUGAAGCUAUUGAAUUCUUAAGGGACUACCAAUUCAACGGUCUUGAUAUCGACUGGGAGUACCCGAGAGGAGCGGAUGAUCGUGCUGCCUUCGCGUCCUUGCUUAAAGAACUUCGACUAGCAUUCGAAGGAGAAGCCAAAACAUCGGGACAGCCACGACUUCUGUUGACAGCCGCCGUGCCAGCAUCUUUCGAAGCGAUCGCCGCUGGAUACGAUGUACCCGAGAUCUCAAAAUACCUGGAUUUCAUCAACGUCAUGACUUACGACUUCCACGGUCAGUGGGAAAGGCAAGUGGGUCACAACAGCCCCCUCUUCCCUCUCGAGAGUGCGACCAGCUAUCAAAAGAAGCUCACAGUGGAUUACUCUGCCCGAGAAUGGGUGCGUCAGGGUGCACCUAAAGAGAAACUGAUGAUAGGCAUGCCCACGUAUGGCAGGUCAUUCACCUUGAUAAACGAAACUCAAUUCGACAUCGGCGCCCCAGCCUCCGGUGGAGGUCAAGCAGGAAAGUUCACGAACGAAGCUGGUUUCAUGUCUUAUUACGAAAUUUGCGAUUUCUUGAGAGAAGACAACACUACAUUGGUUUGGGAUAAUGAACAAAUGGUGCCAUUCGCGUAUAGAGAGGACCAGUGGGUCGGCUUUGACGAUGAGAGAUCGCUAAAGACAAAGAUGACCUGGUUGAAAGAAGAAGGUUUCGGCGGCAUCAUGGUCUGGUCGAUAGACAUGGAUGACUUCAGAGGUACAUGCGGUACCGGCAAAUACCCACUCAUAACUGCCAUGAAGCAAGAACUAUCGGGAUACAAGGUUAAGCUUGAGUACGACGGCCCGUACGAAACUUCUAACCCAGCAAGUGGAAAAUAUACAACGAAAAACCCCAACGAGGUGGUCUGCGAGGAGGAAGACGGACACAUCUCUUAUCACCCGGACAAGGCGGACUGCACGAUGUACUACAUGUGCGAAGGCGAACGGAAGCACCACAUGCCCUGCCCCCAGAACCUCGUGUUCAACCCCAACGAGAACGUGUGCGACUGGCCCGAGAACGUGGAGGGCUGCACCCACCACACGCAAGCACCACCAGCUAAGCGA